AAUAUUUUGUUUUUUUUUAUCGGUCACUACUGGGAGUAAUUGUUUGUAUAAAUUGCUGUUAUGGAAAGGGAAAAUAAUUUCAGUGAAGAAAAUGGCGAGCCAAUGGCGAAAAAAAUUAAAACAGAAUGGGUUAAAAGUUAUUCUGAUAAGGCCCUGCUUAUGAUGACUAGGAUGGGUUAUGAGAAAAACAAAGGUCUAGGGAAGCAGAACCAGGGUCGUCUUGAACCCAUUAUAGCAGUUCAACAGGACGGCAGAAAGGGAUUGGGUCUAAAAGAUGAAUGUCAAGUAUCUUUGGAAUCUUGGGACAACACUACUGAGAUAAUAAACCUUCCAGAAAAUUAUUCAUGGAUUACAAAUAAUGCGUCGCUCGAAAUCACAUUGGAUGAUUUAAAAGAUAAUAUAACCUUAGGCCCUCCUAAACGUACGAUUGAUGACGAAUGUUUAUACUGUAAUUCAGACAUUUUAAGUAAUAUAUUGAAAGCAAAAUCUGAAUUUGACAAAUUAAAUGACAGCGAAUUAAGAAGAGCGCGAUCACGAUCUAAUCCAUUUGAAACUAUACGCAGCUCCAUAUUUUUAAAUAGAGCUGCUGUUAAAAUGGCGAAUAUUGAUUCAAUGUGCGAUUAUAUGUUCACAAAUCCGAGAUAUAAGGAUGGAUCAUCAAUGCUGCAAAAUAACGAACUUCUAUAUUUUGCCGAUAUAUGUGCUGGACCCGGUGGUUUCUCAGAAUACAUACUUUACAGGAAAUCUUGGGAAGCAAAAGGAUUUGGAUUUACUUUACGUGGCCCUAAUGACUUCAAAUUAGAUAAAUUUUUUGCCGGUUCACCAGAAUCAUUUGACACUUACUACGGAGUCAGAAAAGACGGAAAUAUAUAUUUUAAAGACAAUCAAGACUCUUUUGCAGAUUACGUGCUAAAGCAUUGCGAAUCCGGUGUUCAUUUCGUUAUGGCAGAUGGAGGGUUUUCAGUUGAGGGUCAAGAAAAUAUCCAAGAAAUUCUUUCUAAGCAACUUUAUUUGUGUCAAUGUUUGAUGGCAUUAAAAAUCCUUCGAGUAAACGGCAGUUUUCUUUGCAAAUUAUUUGAUUUAUUCACGCCAUUUAGUAUAGGACUGAUAUUUUUAAUGUAUAAAUGUUUUGAUCAGAUAUCUAUAUUGAAACCUAAUAGUAGUAGACCGGCGAAUUCAGAGCGAUAUUUAGUUUGUAAAUGGAAGAAACCAAAUACUGAUUAUGUUUGUAAGUACUUGGAUCACGUCAAUGACAUUUUAAACUUGGGUAAAGAAGAUGUUUUAGAAAUUGUCAACCAACAACACAUUGUGUCUGAUCAAACUUUCUUAGAUUAUAUUGUUAAAAGUAAUAAUGACAUUGGACAAAACCAAAUUUUAGGUUUAAAAAAAAUUGCAGCAUAUUGCAGAAACACCCAACUUAAGGAAACUAGACAGUCGGAAAUAAGAAAACGUUGUCUUGAACUGUGGGGACUUCCAGAUAAGCUUCGACAAGCCCCAGAGUCUAAAACCCAAGAGAAAUUUCUAGAAGAAGUUCUUGGUGAUUGGAAUGAUAAGUUAUUUUUUAAUUCUUUGCCUACAGAACUACAUACAACGGAAUGCGUCCAAAACAAUAUUAACAGUAUAUAUGACUGGUAUUUUGUCCCAGUUGGACGGGCCGAAACUAGUAUUAAUGCCUGUAGUAUGUUUUUAUGUAAAUCUAAGGGUUGUUUACUACGAUAUAGUGACAGCAAAAAAUGGGAACCCGUAGAAUAUAUAUUUGACAUAUCACCGAAAUCAAUAUUUUAUGGCGAAAUUGUUUACGAGUAUACUGGUGAAGGUAGAACUCAAACCAGAAUAUGCGCUUUACACAUUAUAGAUGCGAUAAUGCUUGGAGGAAUAGAUAUACGACGUUUAAAACUUUCAGAACGUUCUCGGUUAUGCCAAAAAUACUCUCUUAGUCUUAAUAAGCCAUUCAAAGAAGGCAAUUGUAGUCCUAUUCGCAGCAAAUGUUUAUAUGAAUUAAAAUAUUUAAACAAUUUUUUUAACGAUAUGAAGUCACAUGUUUUGAAAGACAAUUCAACCCGCCUAGGUUUAACUUUGUCAUCUGAAAACAAAUUUUUUGUUCCCGGGGGCAUUAUGUUGUUUUGCGAAAUUUUUCACAAUUUUUUCUCAAGUAUGUCCCAUUCAACUCAUAAACUGUAUUAUUUCAAUAAGCAAACGAAAACAUCGUUUUACAAAAAUUGUAUGCCAAAUGAUAUACAAAAUACUUUGUACGCUUCAUUUAGAAAUAGUUAUCAAAGACGAUUACUGUGGAAAUGGACCAAUUUGAAGCAAGUUGAAGAAAAAUGUAAUCAUCGAGAAACAAAUUUGCUCUACCGAGAAGAUUUAACAAAAUUUAUAUUCAAUAAAGAAAAAAAUUGAAAAAAUAAAUUGGAUAUUAAGCUUAAUAUCGUAACUAAAUUCAUUAAAAUCAUAUAAAAGUGUUAUAUUGACUAUAACUAAAAUAGUUUUCUUAAAGAUCUAUUAAAAUAUUCCUAUGUGUACAUUUUAAAUAAUUUCACUUUAGUGUAUUUAACAAGAUGUACGUUUAUUUAACAACAUGUAAAUAAACCAUUUACUGAUUUCUUUACAUCUAAUCGCCUGUGUUUUUUAUACUCUAAGUACUGUUUUGAACAAACUGUCUAUAAAGCUGUUUGCCUUACUAAAUGAACUCAGGAUAUAUAAUUUCUUAUAAUAAGACGAUCAUUAUAAUUCAGUAAUAACUUUUCAUUACGAUAAGUGUAAAUACAAAACUCCAACGAGAGUACUUAAUACAAAAAUAAAAUUAAUGAAGAGCGAUAAUAUGGCGCCAUAUUCCGUUACUCAGUUCAAAAAUACUACAUUUGCAUUUAAUUCUGGGAAUAAAAUAUUGUUACUAUGUAACUCCAGUUUUAGGGUAUAUUUCGUUUAAAUUGUCCAUUUAUUUUCAAUAUCUUUUUUGUGUAUUAGAAAUUAAUUAAGAACUAAAUUAUGGUAAGCUUAUAGAAUAUGAGCAUUAAUAAAUAAAAUGCAACAAACAAAUGUCAACAAUAAAUCCGAAGGCAAGAGCCAGCCUAUGAUAUAAAAUCCAUUUAAAUUUAAGAAUAAAUGAAGUUGUUCUUUGCGUUGUAAAAAAUACACCUAACAAAAUUUUUUGUUAGAAAUAUAUGAUUUUAACGACUUAAAUUGCAACCCUUCUUUUGUAAAAAUGCGUAUUUUUAUAGCUGAUAAUGUUAUUGAUAUGUAAUUGAAUCUUACUUCGCCAUUAAACUUUGAAUUAAA